AACUUGGGAAACAUCGACCAAUCGGAACGCGAGAAAUUUGAACUGCGACCAAUCGGACGCGACCACGGGUUUAUUGUGUAGUAUAUUUUACAAAGUGACAGACCCCGAUUGAUCAGUCAAUUUAAUUCAUUCAUUUUCAAAGGAAGCAAAGACAAGUGAUCAAGUGAAUAUUUUAAGAUUUUUCGAGAAGAAUUCGUUAAAAGUUUUUAUUAUAUUUUGUGAAUAGUUUCUUUAUUGGUUGUUGAAAACCACAAAUCGCUGCAUAGAAUCCCAAAAAACAAAAAUGAAGUUCUAUCUUGCACUGGGGGCACUCUGUCUCGUAGCCACUGUAUUGGCAAAAGAUGACAAAAACGCCAAAGACGAAGUGGGUACCGUGAUUGGUAUCGAUUUGGGAACCACUUAUUCAUGUGUUGGUGUCUACAAAAAUGGACGAGUGGAAAUCAUUGCCAAUGACCAAGGAAACCGUAUUACCCCAUCUUAUGUAGCGUUCACAGCCGAUGGUGAACGUCUCAUUGGUGACGCUGCCAAAAAUCAACUUACCACCAAUCCAGAAAAUACCGUUUUCGAUGCCAAACGUCUGAUUGGUCGCGAUUGGGGUGACUCAGCUGUCCAACAUGAUGUUAAAUUCUUCCCAUUCAGGGUUAUCGAGAAGAGCGGCAAACCUCAUGUUAAGGUUGAAACUAGUCAGGGCGAAAAAGUAUUUGCCCCUGAAGAAAUCUCAGCUAUGGUUUUGGUUAAAAUGAAGGAAACCGCUGAAGCCUAUUUGAGCAAGAAAGUAACUCACGCUGUCGUCACUGUGCCUGCUUACUUCAACGAUGCCCAACGUCAAGCUACCAAGGAUGCAGGAACCAUUGCUGGUUUGACUGUUAUGAGAAUCAUCAACGAACCAACAGCUGCAGCAAUUGCCUACGGUCUCGACAAAAAAGACGGCGAAAAAAACGUUUUGGUCUUUGAUUUGGGUGGUGGUACCUUCGAUGUGUCCCUCCUUACCAUUGACAAUGGAGUAUUCGAAGUCGUAGCUACCAACGGAGACACUCACUUGGGUGGUGAAGAUUUCGAUCAAAGAGUCAUGGAUCACUUUAUCAAAUUGUACAAGAAGAAGAAGGGCAAGGACAUCAGGAAAGACAACAGGGCAGUGCAGAAACUGAGACGUGAAGUUGAAAAGGCCAAGAGAGCUUUGUCUGCCAGUCAUCAAGUGAGGAUCGAAAUUGAAAGUUUCUUCGAAGGUGACGAUUUCUCUGAAACUCUUACCAGAGCCAAGUUUGAAGAGUUGAACAUGGACUUGUUCAGAUCCACUUUGAAACCUGUACAAAAAGUCAUGGAAGAUGCUGACAUGAACAAAAAAGAUGUUGAUGAAAUUGUCUUGGUAGGAGGCUCAACUCGUAUCCCUAAAGUUCAACAAUUGGUCAAAGAAUUCUUUGGCGGCAAAGAACCAUCCAGAGGUAUCAACCCUGAUGAAGCUGUUGCUUAUGGAGCUGCAGUACAAGCUGGUGUACUUAGUGGUGAACAAGACACUGACGCUAUUGUAUUGUUGGACGUCAAUCCUUUGACUAUGGGUAUUGAAACUGUAGGAGGAGUAAUGACCAAACUGAUUCCAAGAAACACUGUCAUUCCAACCAAGAAAUCUCAAAUUUUCAGUACCGCUUCUGAUAAUCAGCACACUGUGACAAUCCAAGUAUAUGAAGGUGAACGUCCAAUGACCAAAGACAACCAUCUUUUGGGUAAAUUCGAUCUUACUGGAAUCCCACCAGCACCAAGAGGAGUACCACAAAUUGAAGUUACUUUUGAAAUCGAUGCCAAUGGUAUUUUGCAAGUAUCUGCCGAAGAUAAGGGUACUGGUAACAGGGAAAAGAUUGUCAUCACCAACGACCAAAACAGGUUAACACCUGAUGAUAUUGACAGAAUGAUCAGAGAUGCUGAGAAAUUCGCCGAUGAAGACAAGAAACUAAAAGAAAGAGUUGAAGCUAGAAAUGAACUUGAAAGUUACGCUUACUCUCUAAAGAACCAAUUGGGCGAUAAAGAUAAAUUGGGAGCUAAAGUGAGUGACGAAGAAAAAGCUAAAAUGGAAGAAGCCAUCGAUGAGAAAAUCAAAUGGUUAGAAGAAAACCAAGAUACAGACUCGGAAGAUUACAAAAAACAGAAGAAAGAACUGGAAGAUAUUGUGCAACCCAUUAUCGCCAAACUGUACCAGUCUUCGGGUGGAGCGCCGCCACCACCAUCAGCAGGAGAUGACGAUGACGAACUCAGAGACGAACUAUAGAAAAUUCCCGUUAAGGAAAAGACUGAUUUCAAAUUUUGUUUAAAAACAUUUGAAUAUUUGUGUGUGAUAAAUGUGUGAACGAGAGAGGGCGCCAGGUGUUAAUAAUUGUUUUGUAUUUUUGAUUCUUUUUUUGUAUCAAAAUAAAUAGGUAAUUUAUUUAUUAUUUUUUUGUCCUCAAGUGCUGAGCAUUUGAAGUUUUCCCUACUUUUUAUUUGCAAAUAAAUAGUAAUUUUUAAGUUAAAUGUCA